AAUUAUCACAAGCAUCGCAAAACCCCAGCUGCCCUAGAAUGAUAUCCUCUAUGUUGGUAUCUUACAACAAGUUCAGCGCCGGUCCGCCCACCAACCAGAUUGACUUUUUGUUCGCCUAGAUAUAAAGAAAUUGGCCGAUCUUUCGGAAUUCGACGCGAGUUCUUUCGAAACCGUUGGAUAUAUUUACUCCGGUACCGUGUAACUCCAUUCGUGUUCUUCGUCGCCAUAUUGUCUAGCCUCGAUCCAGUUUUUCAUCUUCGAUGCAAGUUCUCCGGCUUCCUCUUCGGGGCGUAGUCCACAAUCAACCAUAUCUCCUUUCCAGCAGAUAUUUCUAAUAGGGCUAACUAUUGCGGCAGUUCCUGCUCCGAACGCUUCUAAUAAUCUCCCUUCCUGUGCGGCCUCAGAUAAUUCCUUCAUGGUGUAUUUUCGUUCAAGCACCUUCCAUCCUUCCGGUACCAGCUUUUCUCUGGCGAGAGAAAGGACACAGUCGCGUGUUACGCCCUCGAGGAUAGUGCCGUCAAGAGGAGCGGUGAUCAGUUCCUUUUGUCCAGUCUCCUUGUUCUUGAUCGCAGCAAACAUGUUCAUGGUACCAACCUCGGUCACGAAUUCCUCCUCACCAAAGAGCCAAAGAUUUUGGUGGAAUCCACGCUUGGCAGCCUCGAGUUGUGGGACGAUACAUGGAGCAUAAUUGGCACCAAGCUUUUUAUCACCAACUCCUCCUGGCCAUGCUCGGACGGCAUAGUUUGUGGCUUCGAGCGAAAUGGCUUUGAAUCCGGUAGGAUAGUAUGGCCCAACAGGUGAGGCGAUAACAUAGAGGAGCGCAGAGCCAGGCGGUCCAACGCCAAGUGUCUUUUGUGUUCCGAUCAUUGUUGGUCUGAGGUACAACGAGUACCCUUUGGUCGAGGGGAUAAAUCGUUCUUCCAUUUGCGAGAAUUGAGAGAUGAGCUUAAUCAUAGCGGCUUGGUCGAAUGUGGGCAGAGCAAUUCUCGCGGAAGACUUGUUCAUACGUUCCAUGUUCUUGGUUGGUCGGAAGAGUCGCACUUUGCCAUUGCUAUCCUUGUAUGCCUUCAUCCCCUCAAAACAUUCGAAUGCAUAGUGGAAGACGCAACUGGCGGGGUCGAGAGAGAGGUUUUGGUAGGGAGUGAUUCGAGGAGCCAACCAUCCUUCUGAUGCCGUCCAUUCGAUACUCAGCAUAUGAUCUGUGGCGUUGCGGCAACUGGUUAGCUCUCUGUACGGGAAUGGGAAUGGUUGUGGUGAAGAGUGGGCGCACCUGUAAAUGACCGCCCAAAGACCAAUUCACUCGCUGGAAUUAGCUCUUUAGGUGCUUUGGUCUUGGUGAUGGUCAAUUUCGAGGGAUCGAUAUCCUGAAUCUUGGCCGUAGAAGCUGCGUUGGCGUGGAUGCUGUAUGACCGUGAGGGUUCCUGCCAUGCUGCCAGAAGUCUUGAGAUUGGUUGCUUCGCGAGCGAGCGUUGCGGUCGAAAUUGACGGAGCAUCUUGACGAUUGUACCCGCAAAAGUCGAGGAAGAGGCGAAGAGCCAAAGAGGAUCCAAUUGAAGGGUUUGCGGUGUCAAUUGGAUCUCUGAUAUGGAGAAAUGUAUGACUCAAAGGGCGCAAUGCGCAUUGCACGUAUCGUAGGGCAUAUGGGUACUGAUUCACGUAUGGAGGUACGAGUACUGAUAUAUUUUGUGUACCUGGCUGCCGACAUCGGCCCGCCUUUGAACGUCACACUAGGUCACACCACCUGGACUGGGCAGUGGAGGUCAGGUACGCGCAGGAAGUCUCUUUUUGGGUGGACGAGGCUGAUCUUUCGAGGCUGUGGCGGCCAGUUUGUACGUAUUCUCAGCGCCAACCAAUCAGUUCAUUACCAUCAUCUUUGGGACACCUUUGGAGAAUCCUCCUGUCCAACCCCAAACCAACAACCCCUUUCUUCUCUACCUCGCCAACCCCAUCGCAUGACCGUGCAAAGACCCGUAUCGAGUUCCCAUGCCACAAGAGACAUUGCGACCCACGAGGAGGCAGAUUGAGAGGUGGCCAAAAUGUUCAGCUCAGCGCUGAAGUCGUUUACUUCUAAUAUCAAUUCCAACUACAGCAUCUCCUCCAAUCCUACAUCUACAGCUGGUCCCUGGAAGAUAUUCGAUGCAAAGAAAAAAUCCACUGGGAAGGCGGUUUCAGUCUUUGUGCUGGAUCGCAAGUCUUUAGACUCAAAUUCUGGCUCAUUGGGACGGUCCGGUUCAGCCUCAAUAAAGAAAUCCGUUGAAGAGGUCGUGGAACGGCUGAAAAAGGAAGCUUCUUCCCUCGCGAGAUUGCGCCAUCCCAAUAUUUUGGAACUGGUCGAGCCUGUGGAAGAGACAAGAAAUGGAGGUUUGCAGUACGCAACAGAACCAGUGACGGCCUCCCUGUCAGGCUUGCUUCUGGAAAAAGACGAACAAGAGAGAGGAGCCGGUUCGCGAUCAAGUCGAUAUGUGACCGAAGACUCAGAAGGAGGUCGACGACGGCGAGAGCUGGAGCUUGAUGAAUUGGAAAUACAAAAAGGGCUACUACAAGUCAGCAAGGCUUUAGAAUUUCUUCAUGAUAAUGCAGGCCUGGUACAUGGAAAUUUGACGCCUGAUGCAGUCUUUGUGAAUGCUAAGGUUGGAAUCCCCAGAAAAGACACUAUCUGGAAGUUGGCUGAUGAAUUGUAGUCGGAUUGGAAGAUUAGUGGUCUUGCCUUCUCAAGUCCUCCUGACAACUCGACAAAACCCACCUCUGUGCAACCCAUAAAUCUUUCAGAGGCCUUGAAUGCUGACCCACAUCUUCCCCGCUCUGUACAAAUGAACCUCGAUUAUUGCUCUCCAGAUUUUGUUCUAGAUUCGAACAUGAACGUUGCAGCAGACAUGUUUUCUAUGGGACUACUGAUCAUUGCCCUUUACAACUCUCCCCACACCUCUCCUAUGAAAACGAAUUCCAGCAUAUCAACAUAUCGAAAGCUUUUUACAUCUCAAUCCACGAUUCCAACGUCCAGCAAUAACUUUCUUUCGUCCCGUCCCGUCCCUAAAGACCUGACUUCUUCGGUAUUACCACGCCUUAUAACCAGGCGUCCAGCACAACGAAUGACAGCGAAGGAAUUCCAAGAAAGUGCUUAUUUUGACAAUAUUUUAAUGUCAACCAUUCGGUUUUUAGAUGCCCUCCCAGCUAAGACUCCUACGGAAAAGGCGCAAUUUAUGCGUGGUCUUUCGAGAGUGCUACCUUCAUUCCCAAAGUCUGUACUUGAUAAAAAGCUUCUUCCGGCGUUGUUAGAAGAAAUGAAAGACAGGGAACUGCUGUCUCUUAUAUUACAAAAUAUUUUCAAGAUCAUUGAACUGUUGCCAUCUGGACGUCGACCUUUUACUGAGAAAAUUAUGCCGAGGUUGAAAGAGAUAUUUAUAUCGCCAAAUGCUACCCCCAAGGCACCGACUGAGCGUGAUCCGGCGAAGGAGGCUGGCUUGAUGGUAUUGCUAGAUCAUAUCAAUGACAUAUCUGGGAAUUGCUCCGCCAAGGAAUUCAAAGACAGUAAGUUGCUCACGCCCUAGGAAUUUACGUUUGCUCACUUCUUAGACAUUCUUCCUAUUAUACACUUGGCAAUCGAGUCACCUACCCAUACCAUCGUUGACGCUGCAUUGAGAAGUCUACCAGUCGUGUUACCAGUUCUUGAUUUCUCGACAAUCAAGAAUGACCUUUUCCCUGUAAUUGCCUCUGUUUUUACCAAGACAAGCAGUUUAGGUAUCAAGGUCCGUGGAUUAGAAGCAUUCGUUAUUCUCUGCGGAGGCUCGAAUGAUCCCGCAGCUAGUAAUGAUGGUUUGGAUGGCAUCAUGAAUUCCAGCGCCAGUAAGAAAAGUUCAUCUACAGCAUUGGACAAAUAUACAAUGCAGGAGAAAAUUGUACCGCUCAUCCGAGCCAUCAAAACAAAAGAACCAGCUGUAGCGAUGGCAUCACUCAAUGUUCUUCGACAGGUAGGAGGUGUUGCAGACGCAGAAUUUGUGGCCAUGGACAUACUUCCUAUCCUGUGGACCAUGAGUUUGGGACCUUUACUUGAUCUAAAGCAGUUUCAAGCGUUUAUUGAACUCAUUAAGAGUCUCUCAACGAGAGUUGAAACCGAACAGACAAAGAAGCUACAGGAACUUGCAGGCACAAACGGAAAUGUCCAGCGAAGUGACGAUUUCAUGUCAUUCGGUGCACCGAACGCAUUUCCCUCUAGUAACGGUGCCUCCGACGGCGGUGAGAUCGACUUCGAACGUCUUGUCAAGGGGAAUAAUGCAACGAUCGGGUCACCAAAUCCAUUAGAUUCGGGUUGGGAAAAUGGUCCACUAAGCGCAUCUGCCACAACCCAACCACCAGUACAAUCCAAAGCAGCGGCAUUUUCUUGGUCAACUCCCAGUCCAACGACCACCACAUCUUUCUCUGGAAACAACAUGGGCAGUCUUCAACGACCCCCCGGCCCUACUUCAAGAACUGUCAUACCGGAUCUAUCACGCUUUGAUUCUCUCACACCCACUUCGACUCAAUUUUCUCAGCCUCUCCAACCCCAGAACAGUUUCAGCACGCCCUUACAGCCCACGACGAGUAAUUACAGUCACUUUGUAAAUCCUCAACCUGCCAGUACCUUCCAAGCUGCACCAACUACUGUGAAUUGGGAAGCCGCGGCAUCUAAUCCUUGGGCCAGCAAUACCGCCACCAAGGCAAGCAAUAUGGGCUCAUCUAUAGGAAACCUAGGAAGCUCCAUGUCAAACAUGUCUAUGAAUCAACAGAGACCAACCUUGAGUUCUCCGUCUUCUUUCUCAUUGCCACCACCUCCAGGGAAUACUCUCUACGGUAUGCAGCAGAGUAAAACCUCCUCAUUUCCACCGCCACCAACCUUCAGUGCACCUCGGCACUCGAAUUUAGCUAAGCCCAACCCGCAAAAGUCUGGACUAGAUGUAUACGAAAGUUUGAUAUGAAUACAUGAACAUGUAUGGGAAGGAAAAUAGAGGUGUUAUGGCGCUUUUGGUGUUCAUUUGUGGGAACUGGGUUUCAGGGACUGGAUUUCAAAGUACUGAUGAGACGAGUUGUUGAAUGCGAAUACCAAAGAUUACUCUUCCUUGUUGGCCCUGUUUACGUACGUUU